AUGGCGCUGAGAAGUCCUUAUUCUAAGGAAAUGAAUUUGAACACUCAUCAUAAACAAAGGAGCUUUCAAAGUGCAAACAAUAGGAGAUUUAAUUUUCCUAACAGUCCAAAUACUGGGGACAUUGUGAGUCUCAAAAUGGACAAGUUGGGAAAGGGUUCUGGAUUCAGGAGAAAUACCUUGGUGAGGUCUUGGCAACCAGGAACCACACCUCUGGGGCAACCAGCCUCAGCUCCGGCUGUGUCUCUCGGCAGCACCCAACCCCGAAGACCUGUCGUGGCACAACCGGCUGCUCAGGCCCAGGCAGAUGAGCAGGCAGCGCUGCAGCAGGACCAGGUUCAACAGGAUAAGAUCUGGAGAGAGUCUGUGGAGGCUGAACAGAGAGGAAGAAAAAUCUGGUACCAGAACUGGAGUUUCCUAAAGGACUAUGACCAAUUGGGUAAGAAAAAGGAGCAGAAGCCACUGCCAAACUAUAUGUCUGUGUUCUCAAGCGAAGUUCCCAACUCGACCAACCAGACUAUUGGCAGUCGAAUCAAUACUGAACUUGGCAGGGCUCUGGUAAACAUGGAUUACUUCUUCAGCAGUGGAGCACGAAAGAGAAAACUUGAGGAUGAGCUCCAGCUUUCCUAG